AUGUGCGGAAUCUUAGCAGUAUUGGGUGUCGUCGACAACUCUAUCUCCAAACGCGCCCGCAUCAUCGAACUCUCUCGCAGAUUGAAACACAGAGGCCCCGAUUGGAGCGGUUUGCAUUGUCAUCAAGACUGUUACCUUGCUCAUCAACGCCUUGCCAUUGUUGACCCUACUUCUGGAGAUCAACCUCUUUACAACGAAGACAAAACCAUUAUUGUCACCGUAAAUGGGGAGAUCUACAACCACAAGAAAUUGAAACAGAAACUGUCUUCUCAUCAAUUUCGAACUGGUAGUGACUGUGAAGUCAUUGCUCAUCUUUAUGAAGAACAUGGUGAAGAGUUUGUUGAUAUGCUGGAUGGAAUGUUCUCAUUCGUGCUACUUGACACUAAAGAUAAAAGUUUUAUUGCUGCUCGUGAUGCUAUUGGAAUUACCCCUCUUUACUUGGGUUGGGGCCAUGAUGGAUCAAUAUGGUUUGCGUCUGAAAUGAAAGCUCUGGUUGACGACUGUGAGAGAUUAAUAUCUUUUCCUCCGGGGCAUAUAUAUUCCAGCAAACAGGGAGGAUUAAGAAGGUGGUACAAUCCAACAUGGUUCUCGGAGCAAAUUCCAUCAACACCCUAUGAUCCAAUUGUUUUACGUGAGACCUUUGAGAGGGCUGUAGUUAAAAGACUGAUGACUGAUGUGCCUUUUGGAGUUCUUUUGUCUGGAGGAUUGGACUCAUCACUUGUUGCUGCGGUGGCCAAUCGAUAUUUGGCGCAAUCAGACGCUGCUCGUCAGUGGGGAUCGCAGUUACAUACUUUCUGCAUUGGUUUAAAGGGCUCUCCGGAUUUGAAAGCUGCAAAAGAGGUAGCAGAUUAUCUUGGCACUCGUCACCACGAACUUCAUUUCACGGUUCAGGAAGGUAUAGAUGCACUCGAGGAAGUCAUUUACCAUACCGAAACAUAUGAUGUAACAACUGUGAGAGCAAGUACUCCAAUGUUUCUCAUGUCUAGGAAAAUCAAAUCAUUGGGAGUGAAAAUGGUUCUUUCCGGAGAAGGUUCAGAUGAAAUAUUUGGAGGUUACCUGUAUUUCCAUAAGGCACCUAACAAGCAAGAGCUUCAUGAAGAAACAUGUCGAAAAAUUAAAGCACUUCAUCUUUAUGAUUGCCUUAGAGCCAAUAAAUCAACUUCCGCUUGGGGUAUAGAGGCACGUGUACCGUUCUUGGAUAAAGACUUUAUCAGCACAGCCAUGGCCAUCGAUCCGGAAUGGAAAAUGAUAAAGCCUGAUCUUAAAAGGAUAGAGAAAUGGAUAGUGCGCAAUGCAUUUGAUGACGAUGAGAAACCAUAUUUGCCAAAGCACAUAUUGUACCGACAGAAGGAACAGUUCAGUGAUGGUGUCGGAUACAGUUGGAUUGAUGGUUUGAAGGAUCAUGCUAGUGCACAAGUCACAGAUGCAAUGUUGAAGCAUGCCAACUUUGUUUACCCUGAAAACACUCCUACUACAAAAGAGGGUUACCACUAUAGGACAAUUUUUGAGAAGUUAUUUCCAAAGAAUGCUGCCAGGUCGACAGUUCCAGGAGGUCCUAGUGUGGCAUGCAGUACUGCAAAAGCUGUGGAAUGGGAUGCAGCAUGGUCCAAAAAUCUUGAUCCUUCUGGUCGUGCCGCGCUUGGAGUUCAUUCAGAUGCAUACAAGGAUGCAGCCGAUACCAAAAUAGCUGAGUCCGAAAAUGGAUCCCUCUGA